UGUGGGGUCGACGUCGAAUAAUGAGAGAUGAAGGAGAAAGAUGGGAUUUAAACGGCGGUUUUUAGGAUCGUAGCGAUUGUAGAAAUUAUUUGUAGCCUUACUUUACAUGCGAAUGUCACAUGAGGACUCACAGAUAGCAUUAUCCGCGAAAAGGUAGCGCAUGUAGGGAGAGUUGGGGAGGGCUGUAGCUGUGUUUUUUUUCUUUUUUUUUUUUUUUUUGGAGAGGGAAAACAACAUGGCUGCUGUGGAGCUCGAAUGGAUCCCAGAAACACUGUAUAACACCGCUAUCUCAGCAGUGGUCGACAACUAUAGCCGGUCAAGAAGGGACAUACGGUCGCUUCCAGAAAAUAUACAGUUCGAUGUCUAUUAUAAGCUUUAUCAGCAGGGCCGGCUCUGCCAGCUGGGAGGAGAGUUCUGUGAGCUGGAGGUGUUUGCUAAAGUAUUGCGGGCUUCAGACAAAAGACACCUCCUGCACCACUGCUUUCAGGCGUUAAUGGACCACGGUGUGAAAGUGGCCUCAGUUCUGGCAAACUCCUUCAGCCGCCGCUGCUCCUACAUCGCAGAGUCUGACGCCCAUGUCAAAGAAAAAGCUAUCCAAUUCGGCUUUGUGCUGGGUGGCUUUUUGUCUGAUGCUGGCUGGUAUGGAGAUGCAGAGAAAGUGUUUCUGUCGUGCCUGCAGCUGUGCACGCUCCACAGUGAGGUCCUCCACUGCUUCCGGGCUGUGGAAUGCUGUGUCAGGCUGCUUCAUGUCCGCAAUGGUAACUGUAAGUAUCACCUGGGAGAGGAGACCUUCAAGCUCGCUCAGUCUUACAUGGACAAAUUAGCCAAACAUGGCCACCAGGCCAACAAGGCAGCGCUGUACGGCGAGCUUUGUGCCUUGCUCUUCGCCAAAAGCCACUAUGAUGAGGCAUACCGGUGGUGUAUAGAGGCUAUGAAGGAAAUUACUCCAGGGUUGCCUGUCAAAGUAGUGGUUGAUGUCCUCCGGCAAGCCUCAAAGGCCUGUGUGGUGAAGAGAGAGUUCAGGAAAGCAGAGCAGCUGAUCAAACAUGCAGUGUUUCUAGCAAGGGAACAUUUUGGACAUAAACAUCCCAAGUACUCCGACACGCUGCUAGAUUAUGGAUUUUACCUAUUAAAUGUAGACAACAUAUGCCAAUCAGUUGCUAUUUACCAGACGGCGCUGGACAUCCGACAGUCUGUGUUCGGGGGGAAGAACAUCCAUGUUGCCACAGCCCAUGAAGACCUGGCCUAUUCCUCAUAUGUGCACCAGUAUAGCUCUGGGAAAUUUGACAACGCUCUAUUCCAUGCAGAACGUGCCAUAGACAUCAUAACUCACAUUCUGCCUGAGGACCAUCUGCUGCUGGCCUCCUCCAAGAGAGUCAAAGCUCUUAUUCUGGAGGAAAUAGCCAUUGACUGCCACAACAAGGAGACAGAAGAGCGCCUUCUCCAAGAGGCUCACGAUCUUCACCUCUCCUCGCUUCAGCUGGCCAAGAAGGCGUUCGGAGAGUUCAACGUCCAGACGGCCAAACACUACGGCAACUUAGGACGACUCUACCAGUCGAUGAGGAAGUUCAAGGAGGCAGAAGAGAUGCACAUCAAAGCCAUCCAGAUCAAGGAGCAGCUUCUGGGCCACGAGGACUACGAGGUGGCUCUGUCUGUGGGUCACCUGGCUUCCCUCUACAACUACGACAUGAAUCAGUAUGAAGACGCGGAGAGGCUCUACCUGCGCUCCAUCGCUAUCGGUAAGAAGCUGUUUGGAGAGGGUUACAGUGGGCUGGAAUACGACUACCGAGGCCUGAUAAAACUCUACAACUCCGUGGGAAACUACGAGAAGGUGUUUGAAUACCACAACGUACUUUCCAACUGGAACCGGCUGAGGGACCGGCAGUUUGCCGUGGCAGACGCCCUGGAGGACGUCAACACUACACCCCAGCAGACCCAGGAGGUGGUACAAGCUUUUCUAUUGGCUCAGAGCAUGGGCCCCACCCGCCCCUGUCUUGGCUGAUUUUAUGAGGGAAGAGGGAGAAAAAAAGACGUGGGCUUUAGCCUGGAGAGGACACAUACUAAGCCCAAAAGUGGUGCUUCAGUUGCACACAGUUAAUUAGUAAUGCACAGUAAAUUCAAGCAUCACCGGCGAGUCAGUUGGCUUUAUAGUCACUGCAGCUGCCAGUACACACACAGACAUACACACACAUUUAGCUGUGGAAAAAAAAAAAGUAUAGAAGCUAUCAAACCUCAUUGACAUUCACACAAACCACCAAGAUGCAACUCCAGACUGGAUGCAGCUUCACCCCACAGAGCAGACUUUUGCAUUUCUCCAAGAGAAAGAGGACACGGAAAAAAAAAGAAGAAGAAAAAUAACCUCAACCAUCCUGUAAGGAUGACAAAUGAUCUCUCCUCUACUCUUGUCUUUUGCUCGCCUUUUUUUUUCAGUUUGGAAUCGGAGGAGAUUUUUGCUUUUUGUAUUGUAUACCAGUGUAGCUCUGAAUGCCAUGAGACUCAUCACAGAUCAAAACCAUGUUCUCCAGGGCUAUAUACAUGACAGUAUCUGGACCACACACGUCUGUGUAAAACUUGAUUUAACCCACAUCCAUCAACAUCACUCGGUGGAUCGUAGAUGGAAAAAUGUCCGAAAUUUGACACUUGUACAGUGAAGUAAUACAGCAGAUUGUACAUUUUAGUUUAAUUGAAGGCUUCUCGUUUUUUUUUCUCUGCAAAGAAAUGAAAGUGGACCCUAAGAGAACUCCUGUUUUGAAGUGCUUGUUGGAGAGAGAUUACAAACAGUGGAAUGUGUUCAACCAGUGGGUAUAUUGUUACACACACAACAGGCUUCACAUGUCUUGUUUUCAAUAUAUUCUUUCUUUUUCCAGCUUAGUACUGACUAUUAAAAUGCCAAUAAUUUAUAUGCAAAAGUGUAUGUUUAUGUAGCCCUUUGUAUAUGCGUUUCUUACGGAGUGAGCCAUUUAUUCUGAAGAAACCACUCCACACUAUUACUUUAAAACAACAAGGGACUUGGAUAGGGGUGAAAAGAGGAAGAUGCUAGAUGUACAGAGGCAUCUAAGCCUCCUUUUAUGUGUUCAUCUUAAGGUAUGGCUUCAUGUAUGAAUGUGUGUGUGUGUGUCAGUAUAUACAGAUAGAACUCUGGGUGCCCAAGUGCUCCACUGAUGAUUACCAGCCUUACACCAGCUUGCAGUUAUCUGUCUGUAGACGGACCCAUACUUCUAAGUGCUAAACAAACUAUUAUACCCUUAAGGGCACUACAAUGGGGACCAAUAUUUGUGAGAGUGUGUGUGCAUGUGUUGCCAGCCUGUUUACCUGUACAUCUGGCCUUUUCUCUCCACUCCUUCCUGACAGAUGUCCCAUCAAUGCAAAGGUCCAGAAUUUUUUAUUGUUUUAUUUUUACUGGACCAUGGAUUUCCAUCAACCUCCACCAUACUGACCGUUUAUGUCCAAAAUCCCAUCAGUUGUUUCCCCAUAGAGCUUCACUCUAGCCUGAAAGGGUGCUGGAUUUAAUCGUAAUAGGAAAAAUAAGUGAUCACAACCAGUAGCAUGUCUUUUUUCAAAUCUUAAAGCUGUGAUGCUCUCUUUGUUGUAACUCAUAUGUCAAUGUUUACUUUUAAAAUUUUCCCUUUUUAAAGGAGCAGAUCAGUUGCAAAAAAAGGUUUUCCACUUAACUCUAAUGCACUUCUCAAACAUAUUUGCUUUUGACUCAUAGCCAGACCAAUAAUGGACUUUUUUAAGGCUGCUUCAUAUAUUGACAUUUGAGAGAGUAAAAAAUAUAUAUUCACCAAUAUCUAUUUAUGUAGGCAUAAACAAAAAGGCCACAAAUUAACAAAAUGUAAAGAGCCCUUUCAUUUGGUUUGUUCAAAAUUCGGCCCAAGAUAUGGACUCACAGUGGGCACCUUAUAGUGUAAAAGACUAUAAAUUUUAUUUAAGCAGUUUAAUCAGUUGUUUUCAUAGGCUUAGUCAUACAGUAUUUUACCAGGCUAAACAUAAGCAUUUCCCACAGAUUGGUAGGUCUGUCCUUGCAGAUAGUUUUGGAAACAAUUAAUCCAAGAAAUAAAAAUUGUCCCUUGGAAAACUGAAGCAACAGGAACACUAAUAAGGAAAUGUUGCUAUUGCCUCUUUUAUGUAAUUUUUCAGAGACUUACCUCUGAAUGUAGGUAAAUGAAACUGGUUCUCCACACCAACACCAUUAGAGGUGAGUGAGAAAUGGAUUUUAAUCAUAUUUUGGGUGAACUGACCACAGUUGUGUGGUCAUAGACCAGUUGAAAUAAGCAUAUUUAAAGCUCUGUUGAGAAAUAACUGAUGAAAUUUUUCUGACUGGUGGAAAAUGUGAAAAUAUACAGUCUCCGGCUUAAGAAAAUAAUUUCGGCAUUAAUAUCUGCAAUGUUACUGAAAAUGUGAUGCCUUUUGAUAAAUACCCCACUGUUUGUUUUUUAAGUGAAUGAAGAAAAUGAGCUUUGCCUUGCUGUUGCUUUAGUGCUGUCAGACGUCUCCCUCUCUAGCAGUGAUGUGAGUGGCUCUAGCUGAGGAGGUCCAGCCUUAGCCCCCUUAAAAGGACGCUCAGCUACACUCUCAGUGCUUUUAGCUAGUGUGCCCUCCCUCCAAACACACACACACGCAUACAUACACACACACACCCCCACCCUCUGGGAGACAGAACUUUUUUUUUCCAGAGCAUUAGUGUAAAUGAAUGUUACCUACAGAUGGUAUUUCCAGCAGUGCUAUACACAGAUGGCAGAUUUGAUUUGGAAAAUUAGUAGAAAACUGUAUAUUACAGUGGAGUUGGGCUAAAUGCAUAUCUUUUUGUCCUACUAACUAAAUAACUAACAAAAAUUUACCCUCAAAAAUACAUUAUACCAUUGGAUGUCACCGUGGAUAAUCCAUUCUCUGGUUUAUUUUGUUCUCUCCUCCAGCUACACUGACUACUUUUAAUCAAAAGUCACAUGUUGUCCUGUUUUUGUUGUCUUCUGUAAUGGAUUUUUCUCUCCCAACCGUAAAAGACCCUUUCCCACUGGUUUUCACAGAGCAUUUUCUGCCCUGACUCCAAACUGAACUGUUAAUAUCUUGUCACAUUCUCUGUUCGGCCAACAGGAAAAAAAACGGUCACAAAAAUUGACCCAGAAAUGUCCUUUCUUGAACUGUAUUUCCUUGAACAAUAAGCUUGAGAAACCAGCCGUCUGUUGCAAUGUAUGCGACAAAGUUUGAGUUGACAAAACCUGCUGGUCACCAAUGUGAUUUACUGAUAUCUGAAAGGGAAUACUAUGAUUUCUGUGCUGGAGGGGGGUGGAGGGUCAGAGGGCGUGGACGAAGUGAAAGAUGUUCAAUCAAGCUGUGAUCUCUCCAACAGCCCUGUUUCUCCGUACGACUUCAGACGAUUGACACCAAAUGUGAUGAGGGGAUGUUUCACUGUUGUCCUGUUACUGCUUCACUGUUAGCUGCAAAAACAUUAAAAACUUGUAUCAUUGAUCACAAAAGCCA